CGAUUGUUGACUUGACUCACGUAACCCGACUACUUGCCGAAGUGGCCCCAUCUUUCCGUUUUCGUCUUUGGACCUUUGGGAAGCUUAUACCUAUCUGUGCAUUGCACUACACGAUCUCUCGCGUCGCCUUCGAAACGCAAGAUGUGGCCAUUCACGAGCUCUAACAGCCUGCUGAUCGCAUCGCACAUUCAAGCUAGAGAUGCUUUGAUAGCGUCGGCGCAGGACAAGCUCGGUCUGCAUCCCUCACCGUCCGAGGCAGCUCUCGAAGCCGAGAUCCUGUCCUCAGACAUAGAAACAAUCACUUCUGGUAUUCUUGACAAGAAAUGGACCUCUACUCGCGUAUUGGAGGCUUACAUUCGAAGCUCCAUCAGGGCUCAAGAGAGGUGCAGACCUCUUACCGAGAUCUACUACGAGCAAGCACUGAAGAGAGCAGCAUGGCUGGAUGCAGAGUUCCAGAAGACUGGGAAGCUUGUAGGGCCCCUUCAUGGUGUACCUCUGUCGGUGAAGGAGCAGUAUGCUCUCCGAGGCACACACUUGACGGUCGGCUUCAGCUCCUGGAUCAAAAGCGGACCUACCGAUCACACCGCGGGCAUUGUACGCUUGGGAGAACAUCUUGGAGCAAUUCCUUUCGUCAAGACCAACGUGCCGCAGACCAUGAUCGCUAUCGACUCUCGUAAUCCUUUGUUUGGACAAACUUCCAAUCCUUGGAACCCACACAACAUUUGUGGCGGCUCUUCUGGAGGAGAAGCGGCGCUGCUCGGUGCCGAUGGGAGUGCGGCAGGACUGGGAAGCGAUAUAGGAGGCUCACUGCGCGUGCCAACCGGUUUCUGUGGCAUAUAUGCGCUCAAGGCGUCUGGGGGACGAUACCCGUUGCACGGAGGUCCUGCUAUCAAUCCUGGCUUCCACGCCAUCCAUGUAGUCGCCGGACCAAUGGCAAGAAGCGCCAAGGACCUUGAAGUGCUACACAGAGCGUACAUGGAAGCGCUACAUCCAUCUGAUCUGUCAACGAUAGGAGACUUGAGCAUCAGGCAGCACCAGAAGAGGUUUGGUGCGGAAGCGAUGCCCCAUCUGCCUCUGCACGCGAAGUGGCUGGAUGACCCGCUCGGAGCAGCCAAGGCAAGGAACGGCGGGAAGGGAAAGUUGAGGAUCGGAUACUACGUAUGCGACGGCUUCAACCGAACGUCUCCCGCGUGUAUCCGAGGGGUCUUGGAAGCCGUCUCGGCUCUUCAAACAGCCCAUGGCAACGAUGUGGAGCUCGUGGAGAUUCCACACACAGAUUUGCAAAUCGUAAAAAGCAUCAGGAUUUUCAAUGGCUUGGUUUCCAGUGAUGCAUUCGCCAACUUCAGGAAGCAUAUCGGAACGGACAGAACGGACAGCGCUUUGUUCGUCAUGUUCCUCGUGGCUAGAGUUCCAACCUUUUUGAAGGUGCUGCUGCUGUCCUUCGUCCGCUUUUUCUUGAAAGACCCCUCAUUCGCUGCUGCAGGUGGAACCGCUGGCCGCAAGACAGCUGGGCAGUACACAAGUACGGAGGGUGAAAAGGAUGACUUUAUCGAGGCUUGGGAGGAGCGCGUCUGGGAGGGCUACACGCUUGAUGGUAUCAUUGCACCUGUGUUCCCUCUGCCCGCACCAGUGCUGCACGGCACGGACGAGAUCAGCAUCUGCGCCAGCUCCACAUUCCUCUACAACGUCCUCGAUACCUCGGUAGCUAUCGUACCCGUAACAAGGGUCGAUGCGAAGGUAGACCGCGCGACGUACAAAGAUCCCAGCCCCCUUUGGGGUCCUAAAGCGCACUCGGACAUCGCGAGAGCAGCGUUCAAAUCCACGAGCGGCGUGUUAUCUUGGAGAAUUUACUCCGGGAAGAAGGCUUUGUACAACGCAGAGCAGAGCCACGGACUUCCUGUAGCCGUACAAGUCAUCACGCGCCCGCGCGAAGACGAGAAGGCGUUGGGUCUCAUGCGAUUGGUGGACAGCGCUCUGCCUCCGAUGCAUGAGCGGGGCUUUGGUCCUGGAGCCUAUACUCGUUGGGCGCAAAAGAAGAACAUUUGAGAGAGAGGGGGAGGACAAGUGAUUGGAAAGGUCUGCAAUUCUGCAGAGCAACGCAAUGUGAAUCAAUCUGCGUGAG